AUGUCUUCGCGCGGAGUUGUUUGUGAAGAUGCUCAGCGUUGGCAGAGUAUUACAAGGCAAUCCCAGACCAUCGUGGCAAAUGCGUCUGGGGCCUUGAGUAGUGUAGAUGGCGCACACGACGAGGCCAGCAGCCCAAGCCUUGGCACAGAUGAAGCACUUUUGGUAAUGCUGGAGCAGAUAUAUCAACUUGGAUUGUCCCGGAAAGCUUUCAAGGUGCUUGGGUUCCCCAUUCUGUGCAUCCUUCGGCUCACAACGCCACAGAGUACUUCUCGGGUGGCACGCGACGUUGGCAACGACGAUGACAUGAUGGAACCCCCAGAGCCAGAAAUGGUUGAUGCAUCGAAUGGAUUAUCGGACGAAGAAAUCCUUACGCAUGUCUCAGAUCCUGAUAUAGGUAAAGUCGCUCUUUACACCCAUUUACGAUGGUCACGAAACAGAAAUUGCCCAGAAACGGCUCCUUUCGGCUUUGGAGACGGCCAGUCUCAGGAAAGCCAGCAAUUGGACGAACCUCUUCGAUGCGAUAGCGAUGACGAACAGGGUCAUUUCUUUGUGUCGUCCGGCAUGGAGACCCCUGAGGACUACAUUCAGACGAUGGAGGUCAAUAUAACUGAAUUCGUCGAUUUCGAUUCGGAUCUCGAUGAAGACAGCAUAAACGACCUCUCUUCUCCUCCGUCAUGGGAUCUCGUUCAUUCCCAAGGUCUUCAGGAUACUUCUGAUGUGCCAAUCUCUCGACUAAGCUCUCGGUCUUCUUCUGAAGCUUGCCUCUCUGACUUCUCUGGAUCGGACCAAGAACUUCUCACCCCUCGCGACCCUGGGCCCGAGAAGGAGGAGGUAUGGAGCGACCUGGAAGUUGGUUCUAUCGCUGGAGAUGUAUUCGGUGACCCGUCAGGUCCCUAUCACAAUCUCGAUCCCAACUGUUCUCUUGUGCAGAGACCUGAUGAUGAACGGGAAGACUGGCUGAUGGACGAUGAUGGUUGGGAAGGACUUGAUAGCGUAACGAGCAUAGAUAGAAGUUAUGAUUUGUACGAGGAGGAUGAUUUCUGGUAG